CACCGGGUUGCCGCUUCGCUCGGCUUAGCCCGCCCCGCGAGCCCCGUGUUUCUCGGUCUCCACCGUUCGUCCGAACGGGUCGUACCAUAGUGUACGGCCGGCCCCGAGUCUUGCACCGCCUCACUUCCACUUCGGCAUCAACGAGGAACAAUGGCGGACCAAGGCAUUGCAAGUCGCUAUCAGGUGCUCGAGGAGCUCGGACGCGGCAGCUUUGGCGUUGUGUACAAGGGCAUCGACAAGGCGACGGGGGAGGUCGUCGCCGUCAAGCACAUCGAUCUCGAGUCGAGCGAAGAUGACAUCCAGGAAAUCCAACAGGAAAUCUCGGUGCUCAGCACUUGCGCCAGUAGCUAUGUCACGCAAUACAAGGCCAGCUUCUUGCGCGGGCACAAGCUGUGGAUUGUCAUGGAGUACCUGGGUGGCGGAUCCUGCCUCGAUCUGCUCAAAUCAGGCGUCUUCAACGAAGUCCAUAUCGCCAUAAUCUGCCGGGAGCUGCUGCUGGGCCUCGAAUACCUGCAUUCCGAAGGGAAGAUACACCGCGAUAUUAAGGCCGCCAAUGUGCUGCUCUCGGACGCCGGCAGGGUCAAGCUCGCGGAUUUCGGCGUCGCUGCGCAGCUGACCUACAUGAAGUCACAGCGGAACACCUUUGUCGGUACACCCUUCUGGAUGGCCCCGGAGGUAAUCCAACAGGCUGGCUACGACUUCAAAGCCGAUAUCUGGUCGCUGGGCAUCACGGCCAUCGAGCUGGCGCUUGGCGAGCCUCCACAUGCCAGCCUCCAUCCCAUGAAGGUCCUUUUCCACAUCCCAAAGAACCCGCCCCCGAGGCUCGAAGGGAAAUUCAGCAAAGAGUUCAAGGAUUUCGUGUCGCAAUGCUUGGUCAAGGAUGCUGAUUUCCGGCCGACGGCAAAGGAGCUUUUGAAACAUCGCUUCAUUCGGUCGGCAGGUAAGGUGGAGGCGCUGCAGGAGUUGAUCCAGCGCAAGCGGAUGGCUGAUGCCAGGGCGGACCACCUGAAACAUCCUGUCUACUACCAGGAGACGCUGCAUACCAUCUCGCCCAAGGAUGAAGCCGACGAAUGGGUAUUUGAGACGGUGAAGUCGAGAGUGCCGAGAAGGGGUACUGUUCGGUCCAGGAAACCGUCUUCCGUGUACGCCGUCGAGGAUGCAAUGCACAAGCUGGACCUGAAGGACGCGCCUCUUCAACCGAACACGCCAGGCACGGCGCGGAAGACUACGGUGCGAUGGCAGCCGUCCUCUGCCUCCCGCCGGAUCUCGCGUCAGAAUUCGGUUCGCCGACGUGAAUCCAACGGCUCCCCACGACAAUCUCUCGCACCAAAGCGCCCUCUUCAGCCGGAUAUGUCGUUCGGCAACUCCGGUUCAACUAUGCGUCUCUUCCGCCGCGUGCCCUCCGACAGUUCCAAUCCAGGCGCUCUCGGCUCCCCUCCUCCGGAGUUUGAUAAUGAAAACCAUCCUCCGCCGGCCUACCACGCACCGGCCGAGCCAAACAGCAAGGAGGCCAUGCUGGGACGUCGACUAUACAGCAAAGCCCUGGAGCCCUGUCUCGACGAGCUUCACGCGCAGACAGCCGCCUCCACCAAAAGGGAAGCUCUCGCGAAGCUAUCCGACGCCUUUGCUUUCCUCGACGCAGUCGACCCCGAAGGGGCUUACCAUCUCCUCCGCAACCUGGUGUCAACGAUUUCCCAAGACACCAAGCUCGGCAACGCCUUUCUACCACAGCACAGCAGCAAUCCGCCGUCCAAAUCAGCCGGCGACGGCGUGCCACCACCGCAAGGCACCGUCCUGCACAGAUCCCGCGGGACCCCUUCUUCUACGCCUGCUGUUCCACCGUCAACGCCACCCUCGAAACUGGUCUUCAGCCACGACAACCCUCAUCUCCUAAGCCAUCGCCGUCGCAGGGGGAGUAUGCUCCCGCAGCCGACCCCGGCCGACCAUCACGGUAGCCCCCGGUCAUCGCCCGAGAAGGAUCGGGAACAGCCGCUCCGCGAUAACAGGGACCGAGAAAAGGAGAGAGAGAGAGAAAAGAUGGCCGCGCUCGAGGCGAAGUUCCCCGGCCGCCCGGCCGUGCCCGGCAUGGAGCAUUGCAGGGCGCUAUCCGACUUGCUGUAUGCCCGUUGGACGGACGGGUUGAGGGCAAGGUGGGGAGUUUUGGCCGGCGCUUGAUCGGGGGUGUAUACAUGGGCCUCCUCUUGUAGGAAGGAGGCUCGUUGAAGAAGAAUGGUACGCUGGUGGUGGAGAUUUGGGACGUUCGAGGGCGAGGAUGAAGGGAGAAUGAGCAACGAACUUCUCGUCGAUUCCCUUUCGCUGAUGGGGUACGGCUGAUUUGAUGGAGCCAGAU